AUGUACAUCUCUCUCUCUCUCUCUCUCUCUCUCUCUCUCUCUCUCUCUCUCAUUAUAAAUCUAUUCAACAGAUCUUCCCCUGUCAUUCACUCUCAGUUUUUUCUUUCCCUCUGUCUCUAUCGCUUUCUCUUAAUAUUGGUCUUCAUAUUUUUUUCACUUCCCUCUCUUUCUCAUUAUCUAUCGAUUCCAUUUCUUCAACAGAUCUUCCCCUAUCAUUCUCUCUCAGAUUGUUCUUUCACCCUGUCUCUAUUGGUCUUCAUAUUUUUUCCACUUCACUCUUUCUCUCUCUCAAAUCAUUUAACUUUCGCUCAGUCUCUCAAUCUUUUCUAUUCUCUCUUUUUUUUUGACACCUUAAUUUUCCCAUUUAAGCUAAUUACUAGGCACAUGUCUUCUCACUUCCUUCCUUCCUUCUUCUUACUUUUCUCUGUUAAUUUUGUUUUAAUUCGUUUUACUCUUUUCUUUGUCUUUCCUUUUCUUCAUUCUUCCUUCUCUCUUCAUUCUUCUCCCUUCAUUAAAAUCCAAAUUCAUAUCGUUCUUGUUUUCUUUUAUUUAAAUCCUUUCCACUUCUUUCAUUUUUAUAACCUCUUUUCCUUUCAUUCCUUCAUAUUUCUUUCUUUCGUUUUUUCUCUCCUAUACUCUUUCUCUCAUUUUUGUCUCUUCAUCGUUUCUUUCUUAUUUUCAGAAAUAUUUUUUCUUUAUUUCUUUUUCUUCUACUUUCAUCGUAUGUUUUCUUUCUUUCUUUCUUUCUUUCUUUCUUUCUUUCUUUCUUUCUUUAAUCAAUCUUUUCCCCUUUCAUUUUUUAUCCUUAUUUUUUUCAUUCCUUUUAUAACUUUUCAUUCAUUGGCCAUUCUUUCCAGAGAUGAGCUUUUUUGUCUCUUUUGUGGUGCUGAAGGAGAUUGGGCAGGAGCUGAAGAUAGUGGAGUACAGAGAGAGGGAACCCUUUUAAGAGGGGACAUAUUCACAAGGGUUGAGUCAGUGAAGGAGAGUUAUACAUUUCAUUGUGAUGGGGAAGACGGGGAAGAGGCUAAGUGGCAUGGCACCCCGUUGCUCCUAGUUGACUAA